AUGGUGACCCAGCAGCAGCAGCAGCAGCAGCAGCAGCAGCAGCAGCAGCAGCAGCAGCAGCAGCAGCAGCAGCAGCAGCAGAGGGUGCAACUGCGUGUGCUGACUGGCGUCACACAUCCAUCAUCCUCCACGCUCCCAUCAUUCUCUCGUACUCACCCACCUCGCAACGCCACAAGUGCAGGUUCACCCUCGUCCAUACCUGCUGACCUUCCCAAGUCUUCGCUGAUUCCAGUCUCUGGUUCUGCUGCCAGAGAAUAUUUCGCUGAGGGAACACCAGCUGUUGGCACAUCUGCUGCUAAUAUGUCUGCUGCAGCCACAGCUCCUUCCCUGGCUCGCCCCUCUCACCGUCACUGCAGCCGUCUGGCCAAAACAUCAUCUCAUCCGCUUUUGCCCCAGCAACCCCACCUUCACCACGAUCCUCUCCGCUAG